AUAUCGAUCGAGGGUAAUCAACGAAUGAAGAAACGGUCAGGUCCGUACUAAACAGUAGCUUCUCCUGUCAUAAAAUGGCUCGUCAAUCGGUCGUCGAAUAUCUUCUCGCUUUCUGUUUAUUAAUUACUGGAUCACUGGCUGAAUUGGAAACUGAUGCCUCGUCUGUUAUCUAUCUUUCACACUCCCUUGGUUCUCGAGCACUUGAAUCAAGGGGUCAAAUUAAUGUAAAAAGUCUCAAAUCUGGAUCUGUCAAUAUUCAGCAAGAUUCAUCAUAUGAUUGGAAAGACUACAGGGAAGCAGCAGAAGCAAAUGAUUUCUAUCAUUUAGAAGCCCUAGUAAAAUACAAUGGGAUUGAAAGGACAUUUCUCACAUCCACGAAAGCUUGUCUUCUAUUUGAGUCUCAACUAGCAGACAUCAUCACUAUCCACGUGGAUUUGUUAGGGAAUAUUUAUGGUGUUUCUGUGGCUACGCCUCAUAAUCAGAAGUGUGCAGGCGAUGCACCUGAAUUUGAUCCAACUUUCAACACCACAGUUCUGAUCUCUUACAUGGAGCAUGGGCCAAUACCUGAUGUUGCCAUGUUUGUUCAGAAAGUUGAGCAGGAAAAAGUAGCUAAAGAGCGUGGUGAAACAAAGGACAACCGUUCGUUCAUCGCCAAAUAUUGGAUGUACAUUGUGCCACUCGUCCUCGUCUUUAUGAUGUCAGGAGCCAGUAACCCAGAACAACCCGCCCGUUGAUGAGUAUAGUUUUUAAUAUAAACAUCGUAACCUCAAAACUCACAGCCAUUUCAGUCAAUAUAAAAUAUUUGGAAAAAGGAA